GUCAGGAACCAACUGCAUUCUUAGUACGAACUGCUUCAAUAGGUAACAUACAGAUACUUUCUUCCUAAGUAUCUGUUGUACUUAAAAUUGAAAUCUCUUUAAUCUUUGUAUGACUUUUGUAAUGACUAUUAUCAAUCAAACUCAGCUUAACACCACCUUAGAUAUACAGCGUCAUAGCAUUCUUGCAUUAGUGUUAUUUUCCACUAUGACAACAUUACCAUGCUGUGUGUUUCUUUUCAUCAAUCUGACAAUGUUAUACACUUUAAGGAGUAAAGCGGUGUUUGUAGAGACCUCUCGGUACAUUCUUCUUUUUAACCUUCUGUUUGCAGACACAACUCAGCUGGCACAGAGUCAGUCGAUGUUUUUGCUUUCCACUGCCAGAGUAACAAUGUCUUAUUCUGUGUGUGUCGGCUUAACCCUUCUCAACUUUUUCACUUUUAGUGUUUCUAUCAUCACGCUGGUGAUCAUGUGCUUAGAGAGAUACAUUGCUGUGUGCUAUCCUCUAAGACAUAGUGCUAUCAUCACCACCAGGAACACAGGAUGGGUUAUUUGUGUUGUAUGGUGUGUCAGUUUAUUUCAUGUAAUUACACAACUAGGUUUAAUAUUAAGGUUUUCAUUUCCAGACCUGCAGCUCACACAGAUGAUAGAUUUCUGUGGGAAGGAGAGUAUUUUUCUUGAUCCAGCAUCUGAUCUUUAUUACAGAACUUUUACUUAUUUUCUGUUUGUGUUAGGAGGUGUAACUGUUUUUGUCACCUAUACUGGUAUCGUAGUAGCAGCUCACUCAGCCUCCACUGACGAAGCAUCAGCGAGCAAAGCUCGAAGGACCCUGCUUCUGCAUCUGCUGCAAAUGGGCCUCACAGUGUCCUCGACCAUGUUUAACUCAUUGACUAUAGUUAUUUCAAAGCAUCUAGAGAGACUUGAAGCUAUACGCAUCCAGGUCUUUCUUUAUAUGUGUAUCAUGGUUCUCCCCAAAUGUCUGAGUUCACUAAUCUAUGGCCUCAGAGACCAGACGAUCAGACCUAUUCUAAUGCUGAACCUUUGCUGUCAGUGGGGAGGGUCAGUUUCCAUGGCUGUAGUGCUGAGACGCAAAAACAUCAGAUUUUUGGCUGUUUACGUGGGGAGGAUCAGUUUUUAUCCCAACAAGCCUGUCUCCAAGGUGGACACCAUUUUAAAGGUCCUGCUCAAGUUCUGGUUCCACGUUCUGUCUCGGCUACGCUCUUCCACUGGGCCUGCCCGUCUGCACCUGAUCCUGUCUGCUCCUGUGCCUGUCCACCUGGUCACACUGCUGGACUCUGAUCAGCUUCCUGCAAAUCCUCUGAAGCUGCAGCACCAGGGACACUCUCAGUGA